CGAAUCCGUCUCAGUCACUUGCUGGGAGAGGGAGAGGCACGACGAAGUAAAUCACCGCGUGUUUUUUUCUAAUCGCUGCAAUUGGCCAACUGCAAUCUAAAUCGUAAUUCCCUGGCCGAAAUGUCUGUGACCCAGACUAAACAAAUCAAGUUCUACAACCCAUCGAGUUCCGCGAGCUCCGACAGUUAUCGAGUAAAUAUUGGCCGCAACGCAAAAGGCAUACCAUCGCUGCGAAGGAAAUAAAGCUCCCAAUCACAUGCGAAUUCGCGCCGGCGAUCGUGAGCGUUUUUCUGUGCAGUGAGUGACCCAUUUUUCGGAAUCGCCUCGCCGGUUGCGGUAUUAAGUUCUCACGCCCACAGAAACGGGCUAAAAAUGAGCAGUAUCACGUUUUUGUGCAGCAAGUCGGCCCACAACAGCAACAAUAACAACAACAAAAGCAGCAGUGAUGUGCCAAAAUCAGCAUUUGCAGCCGCAUCUGCCGGUUUACUAACCAUCGCCACCCACCAGCAACAACAACAGCAACAGCUACAACAACAGCAUCAUCAGCAGUCAAAGGUUAAGGCUACAGCAGCCAAAACCAAUGGUCACAUCGAUGACCGUUCCGAUGCCACUGAGCCGCUCUACGUGGAUCCAUAUGCCGACCAGGGCAGUGGUCUUCCCGGAGAGCUCAACUGCUGCCCGGCCUCGCCCACCACAGUGCCUGCGAAAGCGUCGCUGGAGUCGCCUCUGAAACGCUCGGGCAGGAGGCAGCGCACCACAUCCAUUGGCAACCAGACUACUACCGCGAAUCCGUCCGAAUGUAUCAUACGCGCAAACAAUCGCACGAUCUACACGGCCGGACGUCCGCCGUGGUACAAUUGUGCAGGGCAGCAGGUGGAGCCCUUUGUCAUAGGAAUUUGCGGAGGAAGUGCCUCUGGCAAGACCACAGUGGCCGAGAAAAUCAUCGAGAGCCUGGACGUUCCCUGGGUGACCCUGCUAUCCAUGGACUGCUUCUAUAAGAUCCUAAAUGAGAAACAGCAUGAGCAGGCCCUGAUCAACGAAUACAACUUCGAUCACCCGGAUGCCUUUGACAUCGAGCUGCUGCUCGAUGUGCUCACCAAACUCAAGGAGGGCCGCAAGGUGGAGGUUCCUGUCUACAAUUUUGUGACACAUGGUCGAGAGAGUCAAACGAAGACCAUGUACGGAGCCAACGUGAUCAUCUUCGAGGGCAUUCUUACUUUCCACAGUCCCGAGGUGCUCAAGCUGUUGGAUAUGAAGAUCUUUGUGGACACAGAUCCUGACAUUCGCCUGGCCAGGAGGUUAAAAAGGGACAUCUCACAGCGCGGACGCGACCUGAAAGGCGUGCUAAAGCAAUACCUAAAUAUGGUUAAACCUUCGUAUUGCAAUUAUAUAGCUCCUACCAUGGCCCAUGCGGACAUCAUUGUGCCUCGUGGAGGCGAGAACAAGGUGGCCAUCCAUCUCAUCGUCCAGCACGUCCACACACAACUCCAGCUGCGCGGAUUUAAGCUACGCGAAACUCUGGCCAACUCCUACAAAGACCAGCCAAUGCCACAUUCUCUGCACUUGCUGCAUCCCACGCCCCAGAUCAAGGGCUUACACACGUUCAUCCGCUGCCGGAAUACAUCCCGCGAUGAGUUCAUCUUCUACUCGAAACGCCUCAUUCGGCUGGUCAUCGAGUACGCGCUUAGUCUGUUUCCCUUCAAGAAAACCACUGUGGAGACACCACAGGGUGUUCUUUACGAGGGCAAACGCAUGGAAUCGCGCAAAAUCUGUGGAGUUUCCAUUCUUCGAGCCGGCGAAACAAUGGAACAGGCGGUGUGCGAUGUGUGCAAGGACAUUCGCAUCGGGAAGAUCCUCAUCCAGACAAAUCUAAAGACCGGCGAGCCGGAGCUUUACUACCUGAGGCUGCCCAAAGACAUAAAAGACUACAAGGUGAUACUAAUGGACGCCACCGUGGCCACGGGAGCGGCGGCCAUGAUGGCCAUUCGGGUGCUGCUGGAUCACGAUGUGCCCGAGGACAACAUCAUCCUGGCUUCGCUGCUGAUGGCCGAGAUCGGUGUGCACUCUAUUGCCUAUGCCUUUCCUAAGGUGAAAAUUGUUACUUCCGCUCUGGAUCCGGAGAUUAAUAGUAAGUUUUAUGUUAUACCCGGCAUUGGUAACUUCGGCGAUCGCUACUUUGGCACGGAACCCUCGGAUGAAUAUUAAGAGACCCGGGCCAACACACCACUAUGGAACCAUCAAGUUUCUAAUGUAUACUAGGUUAAGUUUAAAGCGUUACUUAAAUUAUAAAUUCGGAA